AUGUCCCCCGCUCUUUGCAUCAGUGGCUUCCUAGGUUCGGGCGAGGGCACGUGUGGAGCUAUGGCAGUGUAUGCGUUGCUCUUUUGUUUGAGUCACCUAGCUGCUGACACUUGGGAGUGCACGAUUAUCAAAUUGGGAGGUGUAGCAUACCACGAUAUCCUGGCUUCGGCUGGGCUUGAAUUACCCUUUUGCUGUCCUCCGCUCUUUGCAUCAGUGGCUUCCUAGGUUCGGGCGAGGGCAUUUGUGUAGCUGAGAUGUGUGUCUACGUGAAAGAAUAUGUAGAGAGAGUCGUAUUGGCAUUCGCAUCUAGCGCAUUGCACAUUUUUCGAAAUUUGGCCCCCUUCCAGGGACCUUGAUAUUUACCCGCUGGCAUUGACGUCUUUUGAUUGGUCAGCCGGUUAGCG